CCCGCUGGCCGUCUGCUGCAGCCCUUCGCUGGCUGACCAUUCAACGCCCCGAACCAAAGCCGUCCCAGCCGCGAACCAGCGAGCGCCUCCCGCUGCGCAGACCACCGCUCAGCGUUGACAACUUGACAUAGAGGCUUGAGCAAGUGGACCUCCAGGUUACCCUUUCCGGAUCCAAGGGGAACGCACUGCGAGCUUCAAGAUUCUCUUCUACUUGAGACUAGAGAUGGCCAAAUCAGCCCAGCCAGUUUGAUCAGUAACUCUGCAGGGUGGAACUGUGACCUAAAAUGGAAUGCUGAUUUAUCAUUGCCUGUCACCAUGGCCGAGACUGCUAUUCUUCUGGCCGUAAAGAAAAUAAGCAUCGCUAUGGCAGGGGAAAUAUUGAGCCUAGCAAAGCCCAUGUUUAGAAACAAGUCUGAAUUAGUCGCAGCCCUCCCGAGUAACAUGGAGUUGGUGAAAGAAGAACUUGAGAUUAUACAUGCAUUUAUCAAGAAAAUUAGCACAACUCAAUGCAAUGAUAUAGUCUUGGAAACAUGGUUACGGCAAGCUAGGAGGUUGGCUUAUGACGUUGAAGAUAUUGUGGAUCAGUUUAUCUAUAUUGUCGGUGAAAGCCAGGUGGCAUCAUGUGUGAGCAAUUUGAAGAAACUUUUCAAGAAACCCCAGUCCUUGUUUUCACUGGAUAGGAUGGCUACCGAGGUUGAGAAAGUAAAACAUAGACUCAGGGAACUGUCGGCUAGGCGAGACCGCUGGGUGCAAUCAAACGCUAGUGCACUCGAUGUUGAGAUACCGAACUAUGACAACAAACAAGAAGCAUACCAAUUCAGACACAGCCAAUCAGACAACGAGGAUGACUAUGUAGGUGUUGACAAAUAUAGAGAAAUCCUGAAUAAGUUGUUGUACUCUGAAGAUUGCUCUCUGUGUUUCAUUGCUGUUUGUGGUAUGGGUGGAUUGGGCAAAAGUUCUCUUGUUCACAGUGUCUACAAGAGGGAACUGUCCCAUUUUGAUUGUCGAGCAUGGAUUUCUGUUUCACAAUCAUGUAAAAUUGAUGAUAUUCUGAGAAACAUGUUAAAACAAUUCCGUGGUAACGAUGACAAAGUACAAUCUGAGGUUGGAAAGAUGAACAUUGAGGAAUUAAGAACAGAGUUGAAGAAAUUUCUAGAGCAAAAGCGCUUCAUGAUUGUAUUGGAUGAUGUAUGGAGAGGUGCAGUUGCUUUGGAAAUAAGGAAUCUCCUUUCUAACUGUGGGAGGAGAAGCAGGGUUGUCAUCACAACUAGAAUUGACGAGGUAGCUUCUAUUGCUGAAGAUGCAUGCAAGAUCAGGCUUGAGCCUCUAAACAAGCAGGACGCAUGGAUUUUAUUCUGCAGAAAGGUGUUCUGGAAAAUCCAAAAUCAUAUUUGCCCUCCAGAAUUGCAGAGGUGGGGUGAAAUGAUAGUGAACAAAUGUGCAGGCUUGCCAUUAGCACUUGUGGCAUUAGGGGGCUUAUUAUCACUAAGAGAUAAGAGUGAAGCAGAAUGGAAGUCUUUGUACAGUAAAUUAACAUGUGAAUUGCAUGACAAUCCAGAUAUAAAUCAUGUGGAGUGGAUUUUGAAUUUAAGUUACAGGCAUCUACCGGAUUAUUUGCAAAACUGUUUCUUAUUUUGUGCUAUGUUCCCGGAAGGCCGUCUCCUUAAGAAGAAGAAGUUGAUUAGACUGUGGAUUGCAGAAGGGUUUGUUGAACAAAGAGGGACAAUCAGCCUGGAGGAGGUUGCUGAAAGCUAUCUCAUAGAGCUCGUCCAUCGAAGCAUGCUUCAGGUUGUAGAGAGGAACAGUUUUGGUCGGAUUCGACAUUUCCGUAUGCAUGAUCUUGUACGCGAAUUGGCCAUUAAACUCUCCGAGAAGGAGUGUUUCAGUUCACGUUAUGAUGACACCUCAGGAGUUACACAGAUUGUGCCAGAUUCACGCCGAGUGUCAGUACUCCGAUGCAAGACCGACAUCAGAUUGACCUUAGAAUCAUCGAGACUUCGCACCUUAUUAGCAUUUGACAGGACCAUGCUGCAUUGUUCUUGGUCUCAUUACAUUCCGUCCAAAUCUAAGUACCUUGCAGUGUUGGACUUAUCAGGCUUGCCUAUUGAGACUAUCAGCCAUUCAAUUGGGGAAUUAUUUAAUCUCAAGUAUUUGUGCCUCAAUGACACCAAUGUGAAAUCACUCCCAAAAACUGUCAGCAGACUUCAGAAUUUAGAAACCUUAAGUCUUAAAAGGACUCAGUUAAUAAGUUUCCCUGCUGGGUUUGCGAAACUAAAGAAGCUGCGGCAUGUACAUGUCUGGAAAUUGCUAGAUAAUGCACAGUCAAGUUUCAGUCAGUCCUUGGGUGUUCGAACAACUGAUGGCCUUUGCAAUUUGAAGGAACUGCAAACCUUGGAUGAAGUCCAAGCAAAUGAACAAUUUGUGAGCAAAAUGGGAAAUUUAGCCCAUCUAAGGAGUCUUUAUAUUUCAGAUGUAAGGAGUAAGUACUGCUCACAACUCUGUUUGUCUACAUCAAAGAUGCAACAUCUUAUAAGAUUGCAUGUGAAAGCAAGCAACCAGGGCGAGGUGCUCCGGCUGGAAUCAUUGACAUUGCCUUCUCAACUUCAGACACUUGAGCUGACAGGACAGUUGUUGGGAGGGGUGCUGCAAUCUCCAUUCUUUUCGGCUCAUGCAAACACCCUUGUCAGAUUAAGUUUAUGUUGGUGCAAUUUUGCAGAAAAUCCAAUGCCACAUCUCUCUAAAUUAUCAAAUUUAACAAGCUUGCGUCUAAGAAUGGCGUAUACUGGGCAGCAACUGGGGUUCGGUGCAGGUUGGUUCCCAUAGUUGAAAGGGAUGGCCUUGAUAGACAUGGCACGUGUUUGUCAGAUAUUCAUAGAAGAGGGAGCUUUGAUCAGUCUCGAGUAUCUGAACAUUGGUGGUCUUGGUGAAUUAGCUGAUGUCCCUGAUGGCAUCGAAUUUCUCCCAUCCAUUCGGGAGGUACAUUUUGGCACCAUGCAUCCUGAUUUCAGUGCCAAUUUGCAAGAAAGUGCUAGAAUGGGAAGGCUAAAACACAUCCCAGUCAUGUAUAUGCGAUAAGAAGCCGACGAUGGGCUGCGACAUCCGGAUGUGGACAUAGUCGCCCCAUAGCUCACCUCUUCAGAAGUGUCGCCGCCUCGGACACGACAUCAGCGGCUCUUUUUGUUUAUUCUGGUAGUUAAACUGGACUUGAUCAGAAGUGCAGAACUGGCGUUUAGCUCCUUGUAAAUGCGACUGCACUUGUAGUAGAUAGGGUUAAUAGUAAACACUUAGCACAUAACUGAAUGCUAAAAUGUGAAGUGUAAUUCAGUUUCACCUCAUGUUGUAUGUGGGAUUCUUGGCCUUGGCCUGAAUAAUGUGGAACGUUUAACUGAAUGGAAUUGUGGGCCUUG